AUGACCGCCGACGAGCACGAAAAACCGCAACCACCACAGCAACCACACCACGAAGAAGACGAACCGCAAGAAGAGGAAGAAGAAGAACACAGAUCGGUCGAGGUCACGCGCCAGCCAUCCCAGGAACAACAUGGUCCCGCUUAUAUCGAACCUGAAGACCUGACCGAUGGCGAUUCCGUCUAUGCCGGCUCUCUCGGCGAUGCCAGCUACACGACAAGUAUCACGUCCAGCGCGAUGAAUUACCAAUAUGAGAACGGACGCCGAUACCAUUCCUAUCAUGAGGGAGUGUACCUUUUGCCGAAUGAUGAACAAGAGCAGGAUCGGUUGGAUUUGAGCCAUCAUAUCUAUCGCAUGCUACUGAAAGGAGAGCUAGGUCGUGCGCCCAUCAAAAACCCCAGACGUGUGUUGGACAUAGGCACCGGCACGGGGAUAUGGGCGAUCGACUUUGCCGAUGAACACCCCGACUCGGAAGUAAUUGGAAAUGACCUAAGUCCCAUCCAACCAUCCUGGAUCCCGCCCAACUGUCGCUUUGAAGUCGACGACUUCGAACAGGACUGGUCCUACAGCCAGCACUUCGACUACAUCCACGGUCGCGAACUGGAAGGCUGCAUCGGCGACCACGACCGGCUGUUCCGACAGGCGUUUGAGAGCCUGCGCCCGAACGGAUACUUCGAGAUCGCCUCGUUGGAAGUCAACACAUAUUCGGACGACGACACGCACCUGAAGGCGCCGUGUCUGCUCGAGGGCGUAAAGAACAUGCACGCAGCAUCGAAGCUGUACGGGAAGGAUAUGACGACGGUGGUGCACUGGAAGGAAAUGAUGGAGAAGGCGGGGUUUAUCAACGUCCACGAGGAUGUGUAUAAGGUCCCUCAAAGCCCUUGGCCCAAAAACCCCAAGCUCAAGGAAAUCGGCCGGUACCAUCAAGUCAACAUGUUCGAGGCGCUGGGCCCGUACUGCUACGCGCUGUUCACGCGAGUGCUAGGCUGGCAGCGACCGGAGAUCGAGGCGCUGGUAGCCGGCAUGCGAAACGAACUGCGCGACCUGUCAAACCAUCUGUACUCCAACGUGCACAUUGUGUAUGGACAGCGACCGGCGGAGACGCCCUGA